UUGUAUGUAGGUAAUAAUAAUAAUAUUAAUAAUUUACAUUUACUGUAUGAUAAUAAGACGAGGUUGAUCAAAAAUAAGAUAAUUUAUUCUAGUAACUCAAAUACACAUAUUAUCAGUAAUUAUAUUUCAGUGCAAUCUCACUGUAUACCACAUAUGUGAGUAGUUCAUGGUAUCAGUGGUGCCUCUGGCCCUGAAAAGUUUAUAUCUCAGUUUCCUUCAUGACCUGACCUCUAACGAAUAUGUUUCUCAUCAGUUUUCAGAUACCUUUUUUUCACAUUUACUGAUACUCUGGUCACUAAUCACUUAGGAAUACAUUUAUGGUUUUGUAAAUCUGAGCAUAUAUUUGUGUAAAUAAUUGCUUUUUUGAGAAAGCAAAAGUAAAAGGUAUUUGGAUUUGUUUACUUAAAUAUAACACCCUGAUAUGUUGAUCUUAGAAUACUGACAAUUUUUUUUUUUUUUUGUAUUUUUGAAGACAUGAACCCUAUAAACACUGAUAAGAUGAAAAUAUCUAUAAACUUUAAUAUUUAACAUGGGAAACGUGAAAUGUUUUCAUUUAAUUCUAUUUUUCUUAUUUGGUUUUUAGGCAAAGAUAGAUAAAGGGGCUUUUUGAAAUUCGUGUUACAGGGUUUUGCACAUGCGUUUUGUCUUAAUGUAUAUAUCAUUCAACAGAUGUAAACAUGAAAAUAAUAUAAAUACAAAGUAGAAAUAUAACACCUGGUUUGGGAUAGUGGUUUAAUUUUUAAAAUAGUUUUUUUCUGGUGUUAAAAGUUCAAUGUUUUUUAGUUUAACAUAUUAGAUUAGGUAAUGUACAUGUAUAACAUGUUUAGUAGGUUACAUUCUAGUAGAUUUUGUUUACUCAUCUGUGUGGUUGCUUUUAAGUUGCAUCUUUGUCUUUGGGUGUCUGUUAGCAUAUACCUAGCUUUACUUAUACUAGAUCCCACUGACCUUGACCCUGACCUUGAGUAUGAUCCUGACCUUGACCUAGAAAAUGACACAGUGGAGUCUGAACCAAUCGUUGAGCAAACUAGAGGGCCAUCCUGCCCAGAUUUGCAUCACCUUGACGAUGAGCAUGUCAAUCAGGUGGUUCGUAGAGCAUCUUUGCCCGCCCAUCUGUCAGAGCUGAACCAUGAUUGGUCCACAGAGGUGGCUCAUGAUUGGUCAAUUGUUGACAGUGAGGAAACAGAAGAACUAGACACAAACAAGGAGAUGGACUCUUCCAGACAUUAUGACUUUCCACCCGAUGAAAAUGUGGGAGAAUCAAACACCAAAUGCUACUAUGAUUUUCCCCCAGAUGAGGGUGGAGAGGAGGAGGAAGAAGUGUCCAUGGUAUGAGAAUUGGAAGGGAUUUCUCAUUUGAAAAUAAUAGAUAUCACAGCACAAUAAGAGACCACUCUCAGACUGGUGGGACAGUACAGUUACAAAGCAGUAUUCCACUAGAUGAGAUCUGGGGGUAAAUGUGAAAUCUGAGCAUUAAACAUACGUCAUUGAGAAAAAUGAGAACAGACAUCAACUGAACAUCUCAGCUGCCAGUGGGGACGAUUUUACUUCAACAAGAACUGGAAAAUCUGGAUUG